GUGUGCACGCCGCCCCGAUGGCUCCGGACCCUAAUGGUCGCCGGAGCCUCCUGCUGCUCACCUGCUGCCUUGCCGCUGCGCACGCCCAGCUGGAUUGGCUGUGGCCUUCCAAUUCAGGCAACUCGAGGAAGCUGGCCUCUGAACCCCCGAGCUACACACCUGCACGGCCCAUAGCAGAGACCACCACGCAAGUGGAGCCCCAGGAUGCCCCCCUGGAGCAGGUGACUGUCCCCGCUGUCCCUGAGCCACCCCCAGAGGGACGGGAAACUGGCCAGGGCGGGACCCCCUCUGCCCUCCCCGUGAUCCCGGACGAUCGGGAGGAGAACAUCGCUGGUGUGGGAGCCAGGAUCCUGAAUGUGGCUGAAGGCAUCCGGAGUUUCAUCCAGCUGUGGAGCGAUACCAGCCCCACCAAGGGCCCCGCCGGGGCAAGUACAUUGGCCCCUGAAGCCUCCCAGGACCGCCUCACCCUUCCUGAGACCUCUGGCAGCCCUGCAGGGGGCUGGCUGAGCAGCACAUCCCCCAGCUCACAGGACACCCUGAGGACCCAUCCCAGCAUCCAGCCAGGCCCCACCCAGCUGCUCUCCUCCCCGGACAGGCCCCGGACCCCUCUCAGGGAGCCCUCGGUGCCCCUCCUGUCUCCAGAUGGUGCCAGCGUGGAGGAGGUGGGGCUCCUGCAGCUCCUCGGGGAGCCCCCACCCCCACAGAUCACCCAGAUCGAGGACCCCAGCUUCGGCCCCGCCUACGUCUUUGGCCCGGAGGCCAACAGCGGCCAGGUGGCCCGCUACCAUGUGCCCAGCCCCUUCUUCCGGGACUUCUCCCUGUUCUUCCACCUGAAGCCGACCACGGAAGCUGCCGGCGUGCUGUUUGCCAUCACAGACGCCAGCCAGACGGAGAUCCGAGUGGGCGUGAAGCUCUCCCACGUGCAGAAGGGGCACCAGCAGAUCCAGCUCCUGUACACAGAGCCAGGGACGGGGCACACCCGCACAGCAGCCAGCUUCCACCUGCCCGCCCUCACCGACAAGUGGGUCCGCUUUGCACUCGGCGUGCAGGGUGGCGAGGCGGUGCUCUACGUGGAGUGUGAAGAGGUCCAGAGGCUGCCCUUCCAGCGGGCCCCCAGGGGCCUGCAGCUGGAGCCCGGUGCCGGCCUCUUUGUGGGUCAGGCUGGAGGGGCUGACCCCGACAAGUUCCAGGGUUUGAUCGCAGAGCUGAGAAUACGAGGGGACCCCCAGGUGAACCCCACACACUGCCUGGAUGAGGACGGCGAUGACUCGGAUGGGGUCUCAGGGGACUUUGGAAGCGGGCUGGAGGACAGCCAGGCACGUCUCACAGAAGAGGCGGGCCCCUCCCUGAAGCCCCACCUGCCCGAGGUUCCCCCAGUCACCUCUCCACCCGUGGCUGGAGGCAGCAACCCGGUAGAUUCCAGAACUGAAGAGGUUGAGGAAGAAACAACAGUGGCUCCAUUAGGAGCUCAGACCCUCCCUGGUAGGGACCAGGGGAGGACAGGCGACACCCUUCCCAUGGGCUCAGAUGUGGCCACCACAUCGGUCGGUGUGGAAGAGCUGGGCCUGAGGCCCCACUCUCCAAGCCUGAAGGGGCAGAAAGGGGAGCCUGGUGCCCAGGGUCUGCCUGGCCUACCUGGCCCCCAAGGCCCCGCAGGUCCAGCUGUCCAAGGCCCGGAUGGCCCCGCCACACAUCCUGUCCCUGGGCCACAGGGACCCCCUGGGCCACCAGGGAGGGAUGGCACCCCAGGAAGAGACGGUGAGCCAGGAGACCCCGGUGAAGAUGGAAAGAAGGGCGACACCGGGCCACAGGGCUUCCCAGGAACCCCAGGAGAGAUGGGCCCCAAGGGCGACAAGGGUGACCCUGGGUCCGGGCCACGUGGACCCCCUGGGCCCCAGGGGCCUCCAGGGCCUCCGGGACCCUCGUUCAGACCAGACAAGCUGACCUUCAUCGACAUGGAGGGGUCCGGGUUUGGUGGCGACAUGGAGACCCUCAGGGGUCCAAGAGGUUUCCCCGGGCCCCCAGGGCCCCCAGGGGUCCCAGGUCUGCCCGGUGAGCCGGGCCGCUUUGGGGUGAACAGUUCGGACAUCCCAGGGCCUGCAGGCCUCCCAGGUGUGCCUGGACGAGAGGGACCCCCUGGCCAGCCCGGCCCCCAAGGACCCCCGGGCCCUCCAGGAAAACAGGGGCAGCGAGGACAGGAUGGCCAGAAAGGAAGCCUCGGUGAAGCGGGCGCCCCAGGACCUAAGGGUGGUCGGGGAGACCCCGGUCCCAUUGGUGCUCCUGGGAGGCAUGGCCUAGCUGGAGACCCUGGACCAGCUGGACCGCAAGGACCCCCAGGUCCUCCUGGACCCCCAGGGCCACCAGGACCAGGAUUUGCAGCAGCAGGAUUUGAUGACAUGGAAGGUUCUGGAGGGCCCUUCUGGUCCACCGGCUCCACCGGACCACAGGGACCCACUGGCCCUCCGGGACACAAGGGGGAUCCUGGAACACCUGGGGCCAAGGGAGAAGCUGGAGGGGAAGGCCCUGCGGGGUUCCCCGGCCUUCCCGGCAGAGAGGGUGCAGCCGGGCCCCAGGGACCCAAAGGCGACAAAGGCAGUCAAGGAGCAAAGGGUGACCCAGGAAAGGACGGCGUGGGGCAGCCUGGACUCCCAGGGCCACCUGGACCCCCGGGCCCUGUGGUCUACGUGUCAGCAGAGCAGGACAAGGUGACUGGGAGUGAGUCGGGACACGAGGGCAGGCUGGGGGCCGCAGGUUUUGCUGGACCAGCUGGGCCAAAGGGCGACAUGGGCUCCAGAGGAGAACCUGGCUCCCCAGGACAGAAGGGUGAGAAGGGCGAGGCUGGCCCCAUCUUCCAUCCCGACGGCAUGGCCCUGGCCCCUCCGGAGAAAGGAGCCAAGGGUGAGCCAGGCCACCGAGGACCCCCGGGACACUAUGGACGGCCUGGGUACAAGGGCGAGAUCGGGUUUCCUGGACGGCCGGGUCGCCCGGGGAUGAAUGGACUGAAAGGGGAGAAAGGGGAGCCGGGGAACGCCGGAUUCAACAUGAGGUGUCCACCCGGCCCCCCGGGGCCUCCAGGGCCCCCUGGCCCUGCUGGAAUGCCUGUGUACGACAGCAGUGCAUUUGUCAACUCAGGCCGCCCUGGGCCUCCUGGAUUGCCAGGGUAUCAGGGGCCUUCUGGGCCGAAGGGUGACAAAGGAGAUGUGGGCCCACCGGGGCCCCCAGGGCAGUUCCCGUUCGACUUCAUGAAGUUGGAGGCAGAGAUGAAGGGCGAGAAGGGUGACCGCGGGAACGCUGGACAGAAAGGAGAGAGGGGAGAGCCGGGGGGCAGUGGAUUCUUCGGCUCCAGUGUGCCAGGCCCCCCUGGACCCCCUGGCUACCCUGGGAUUCCGGGUCCCAAAGGAGAGAGUAUCCGAGGUCUGCCUGGCCCCCCAGGCCCUCAGGGGCCCCCUGGCACCGGCUAUGAGGGACGUCAGGGGCCACCUGGGCCUCCUGGUCCCCCAGGGUCUCCAGGACUCCCCUCAUUUCCUGGCCCUCACAGGCAGACCAUCAGUGUUCCUGGCCCCCCAGGCCCACCGGGUCCCCCAGGUCCCCCUGGAAACAUGGGCGCAUCCUUGGGUCAGGUGAAGAUCUGGGCCACGUACCAGACCAUGCUGAGCAAGGUGCAUGAAGUGCCUGAGGGCUGGCUCAUCUUCGUGGCUGAGAGAGAGGAGCUGUACGUCCGGGUCCGGAAUGGGUUCAGGAGAGUUCUGCUGGAGGGCCGGACGCCACUGCCACUCGGGACGGACAACGAAGUGGCCGCCCUGCAACCCCCUGUAGUGCACAAGGACAGUCCGUACAUCUGGCAGGAGCCCCCACCCUCUACGACAAGGAACUGGCGAUCAGAUGCCGCCAUCAUGGCCAACCACGCCCGCCUGUCAAACUCUGGGAGCCAUGGCGCCUACUCCCACCUCCUGCCAGCUCACCCCACCCUCGUGCCUAGCCACGCCCACCAAGACUUCCAGCCUGUGCUCCACCUGGUCGCCCUCAAUGGCCCGCUAACAGGGGGCUUGCGCGGCAUCCGAGGCGCCGACUUCCAGUGCUUCCAGCAGGCGCGGGCCCAGGGGCUCACGGGUACCUUCCGCGCCUUUCUGUCCUCGAGGCUGCAAGACCUGCACAGCAUCGUGCGGCGCGCAGACCGCGGGGACGUGCCCAUCGUCAACCUCAAGGACGAGGUGCUGUUCCCCAGCUGGGAGGCCUUGUUCUCGGGCUCUGAGGGCCAGAUGAGGCCCGGAGCCCGCAUCUUCUCCUUCGACGGCAGGGACGUCUUGAAGCACCCUGCCUGGCCCCAGAAGAGCGUGUGGCACGGCUCGGACCCCAGCGGGCGGCGUCUGACCGAGAGCUACUGCGAGACGUGGCGGACAGAGUCCCCAGCAGCCAUGGGCCAGUACUCCUCACUGCUGACAGGCAAGCUGCUGGAGCAGAAGCCCGCGAGCUGCCGUCAUGCCUUCAUCGUCCUCUGCAUUGAGAACAGCUUCAUGACCGCCUCCUCCUAGCGAGGCCUCUGCUGCUCAGAUGGAUGGACAGGUGGCCGCAAAGGAGGCCCAGGCGAGUCUCGAUGGCAGGUCGCGUGUCUACAACUCUGCUACCUGCCUGGAACCUGGGAGGUCCACGUUUCUGUAUAGUCCAUGUCUUCAUGUAACCCCCUCAAGAAAUAAAAGGAGCCAAAGAGUGUA